AUGAUAUGGAUUGAAAAGUAUAGGCCAACGUCGUUUGAUAAGGUGGUUGGACGGGACAAGAUCUCGAGCCUCUUGAAAAGUUAUACUCUGGAGACAAUUCCUCACAUGAUACUACAUGGGAAGUCUGGGCACGGAAAGAAAACCACUCUCCUGUGUCUGAUAAACCAUUUGUAUGGAGGAAACUCUGAGCCAAAGAUAAGGACGGUUGAGGUUCUAAGCGGAACCAAAAAGAUUGAGGUGUCGUACAUGGAGUCUGACGAGUAUGUCGAGAUAUCUCCAUCCCAGUACGGGCAUCACGACAAGGCUGUCAUCCAAAACAUCAUUAAGGAGAUGGGGCAGACAAAACCUAUACUGUCGAUGCUUUCAAGAGCUAAAAGAACCCCAAUCAAGCUCAUUGUUAUAACAUCUGCGGAAGAGUUGAGCCUGGAGGCACAAGCAGCCCUCAGAAGAACAAUUGAAAUGUACAGUAAUGUUCUCCGUGUCGUAUUGAUGUGUAACGAACUCUCAAGGCUGAUAGAGCCAAUAAGAAGCAGAUGCUUCUUCUUGAGAAUCCCAGGCUUUUCCGACGAAGAUAUUAUGUCUAACAUGCGUAGGAUACUGGAAAAGGAAAACUAUACUGUCCCGGAGGAAACACUUGAAGAGAUAUGUAGAGAGUCGGAGGGAAACAUGAGGAGGGCUCUCUGCAUUCUCGAGCUGUUUUGCUUUAACAUGAACGAGAAGGAAGCAAAAAGGCCGAAGAACAACUGUAAGGCAAUGAAGCUUGAUUGGGAAAUAGAAGUGGGGUCGAUGGCAGGAGUCAUUAAGCGUAAUCCGACAUCGGAAGGACUGGUUGAAAUUAGAAAGAGUCUGUAUGCACUUCUGAACACAUGCAUAUCUCCCAGGACCAUUCUUAUCGGGCUACUGCGCAACCUUGUUCUUGGGGAGGACUUCAAGACGUUUCUUCUCCUGUCACGCCAUGCUUUGAAGUAUGAGGAGAGGAUAAGGCUUGGAAUGAAAAGUAUAUAUCAUCUAGAAGGGUUUGUGGCAGCAUCGAUGUGUGUGCUCAACGAAAAGAGAUACAUCUGA